AUGAACGGCGACACCUACUCAUCCAGGGAUACUGGACGUUCCCGCGAUUACUUCCGCGACGAGCGACGUGAUCGAGACCGAGGUGAUAGACCCGAACGGGGAGCUGAGCGUGGUGCCGAACGAGUUAGCGAGCGUGGAUCUGAACGGGGCGAUCGGACUGAUCGCGGUGAACGACGUCGAUCGCGUUCGCCUCAUCAUGGAUCCCGAGGGGACUCCCGUCGGGAGCGUGAAGUGAACUCAUACUCGUCCAGCCGCGACUACCGUGCCCGUGAGCGCGAAGACCGCUACUCUGGCCGCCGUGAUGAUCGAGACUGGGACCGUGGCGAUCGUGCCGAGCGAGGUGACCGGGCUGAGCGUGGAGGCGGUGAUCGGGGCGGUGGCCGCCGACGUGACUUCGACGACAGACCCCGUCGCGACUUGUUUGAUGACCGACGUGGCGGUGGACGUGGUGACCGCGGAGACCGUGGAGACCGUGAGAGAAGAGAACGCAAGCGAAGCGCCACACCCCCGCGCCGCAAGGAGCCUACUCCUGACUUGACAGAUGUGCCCUCGGUGUUGACGCGCAAGCGUCGUCUGACUCAGUGGGAUAUGAAGCCCCCUGGUUAUGAGAAUGUUACGGCGGAACAGGCUAAGAUCUCAGGGAUGUUCCCUCUGCCUGGAGCUCCUCGUCAGCAACCGAUGGACCCAAGCCGCAUGAAGGACUUCUUGAACCCCCCCACUGGCGAUAGCGACAACGCUGCCCUCAAGCCUUCCAACUCUCGUCAAUCCAAGCGUCUUUUCGUUUACAACAUCCCGCCCGGUGUCUCGGGCGAUGCCAUUAUUUCAUUCUUCAAUCUUCAGUUGAAUGGUCUCAACGUUAUUCACAAUGUGGACCCCUGUAUCUCGGCCCAAGUUUCUGAAGAUAAGACAUUCGCACUUCUGGAGUUUAAGGAUCCAAAUGAUGCCACUGUUACAUUGGCCUUUGAUGGAAUUACCAUGGCUGAGAGUGGAGAUAAGGGACUUGAAGUGCGACGACCAAAGGACUACAUUGUUCCCGACGGCAGUGCAGCGCAGCCAGUCCAAGAGGGAGUUGUGCUGGGUGAGGUGCCUGACUCGCCCAACAAGAUCUGCAUCUCUAAUAUUCCCGUCUACAUCAAUGAGGAAGCUAUCAUCAUGCUCCUAACAUCAUUCGGCGACCUCAAGUCGUUUGUCUUGGUCAAGGAUGCUGCUACAGAGGAGUCUCGGGGAAUUGCCUUUUAUGAAUACGUCGACCCGAACAACACUGCUCUUGCUGUCGAAGGUUUGAAUGGCAUGGAGCUAGGUGACCGCCACCUCAAGUUCGUUCGCGCCAGCAUUGGAACCACACAAGCGUCUGGCCUCGACAUGGGCGUGAAUGCCAUGCAGAUGUUUGCCAAGACCACCUCCCAGGAUCUCGAGGCCACCCAGGUCCUACAGCUCCUCAACAUGGUCACGCUUGACGAGCUCCUCAAUGACGAAGAUUACGAAGAAAUCAUGGAGGAUGUACGCGAAGAAUGCUCCAAGUUUGGAAAGAUUCUUGGAAUGAAGAUCCCCCGCCGCGGACACGGUGCUGGCAAGAUCUUCAUUAAGUACGAUAGCGCCGAUUCUGCUACCACCGCUCUUAAGGCGUUGGCGGGUCGCAAGUUCUCGGACCGUACAGUUGUUGCCUCGUACUUCGGGGUUGAGAACUUCGAAACCGAGGCCUGGUAA